AAUAUCCCUUCUCUGGAUUCCUUCAUCAUGGCUGAUGAGGAGUUUCAUGAUUUCUACAAGUACACCCCUUCAAAAGCUGCUGCUAUCACCUUCAUUGUGUUAUAUUUGAUAUCCUCCGUUAUCCAUUUAUUUCAAAUUAUCAGAGGCCGUGUUUUGUUCUUUAUUCCUCUGUUCAUUGGUGGUAUAUGUCAGUAUUCCAAUCCAUACCUGUUCGAGGACACGGAAUCGAAUCUCUUCCUUCUUCUGGCCCCUGCAUUGUUUGCUGCUUCAAUCUAUAUGCAGCUGGGUCGACUUAUCAUCGUACUAGAAGCGGAACAUCAUUCUAUUGUUCGACGCUCUUGGAUGACCAAGAUUUUCGUCACGGGUGAUAUAUUAUCAUUUGUCGUCCAGGGACUCGGUGGUGGAAUUAUGGCAAGCGGCAAGCCUUCAAAUCUAUCGCUCGGCGAAAAAAUCGUCGUAGUUGGUCUGAUAAUUCAGAUUCUGUUUUUCGGCUUCCUCAUCGUUGUGUCCGUCAUUAUUCACCUUCGAAUGAGCACCCAUCCGACAACAGCGUCGUUAUCACUUCAUUUCUCGUGGCGAAAAUAUCUGUACAGCCUUUACGUCGUCUCCACCCUUGUCAUGAUACGCUCCAUCUUUAGAGUUGCCGAAUUUGCUCAGGGAACAAAUGGGACAUUACUGAGGCAUGAAUAUUAUCUAUAUAUAUUCGACGCCACGCUAAUGUUUAUUCUCAUGGUAACCUUGAAUGUCAUCCACCCGGGCGUGAUUUCAACCCUGGUACGAGGCAAGAUAGCACUGAAGGGGUCUGACAACUUGGAAAUGCAGUCAGAAGGAAAGAGGUCAAACGAACAACGGGGAUGUGAGCCGAUGAACUUGCGUCCGAGCUUCACCGAAUCCAUCUAUGCAAGACAUGCCAUCGCAACCAGAGGCCUUGCAUGA